AUGCGGGGCGGGAGCAGAGUGCAGCAGAGCGACGGGAGCCGGGAGGAGGGCAGGGUGCACGGGCGGCGGCUCUCGGCGGUUCUUUCUGGUUCUUCGGGACCUGCAGCAGAGCGCAGGCUGCAGCCGGGCGAUGGGAGCCGGGAGAAGCGCAGCUGCGGAGCUGCCGGGUCAGGAUCGGAGCGGUGCCAAGGCCACCCCGGGUCAGUGCCCGCCGCCGCCGGGGAUGCCCCAGCCGGAGGGAAGCCGGCGCUGCCGGAGCGCUGCCGGGAGGGGUUUUAUAGCGGCUGGGGCGGCCGAAAUCGGGACGUUUUCCCAAGCGUGACCUCUCAGCAAACACCUCGUGCUUUUCGUGAGGCAGCCAUGGCGAGCAACUCGCAAAAAGCAGAUAAAAAUAGAAAUAAAAGCAAAAAGAUGGAGAAUGAAGCUUCAGAAAAUCCUCCGUUGCCUGACAAAACAGAUUUGGCUCCUUCUGAGGAUUCGCAGUCCCUUUUCAAGACUGAACCAUUGGAAAAGAUUUUAAAUGAGAUCAGCAAAGAAAUUAAUAACUUGCUAUCAAAAUACGCUGACACUAUAAGUGCAAGAAUAGCGUUAGAUUCUUCUUAUGUCCAGGAACUUGAUGAAAUCCUAAAAGAAGCCAGGACCAUAGAAAAGCACUUAAAGCAGAAAAGGGAGAAGCUGAAACAGAGAUUCACUGUCAUUGCCAAUAGUCUGCAAAGCUAAAUGGAGUUUGUUAUAAAAAUGCAGAGCCAAAGUUGUGUUUGUGUAUGAAAAUAAACUGUGAUGAGUGUUGUGAUGUCUGUUUCUUGUAUAAAUGUUUCUGUCAGUUCAGGAAACUUCCGACAAGUUAAGCAGCUACUUAGUGUUUAAAUAGUGUAGUGGUAGUUAAUAAAAGCCAUUCUGAAUACCUCUUUUAAAUACUGUCAUUCAAGGGAUCGUCAAGACAUUAAGCAAUGUUAACCCAUUAAACAUAGC